AUGCUCUCCUCCGCCCUCCAGAUCUUGGCGUUCGCCCUGGCGCUGCUGGGCGUGUUCGGGGCGACGGUGGCCACGCUGCUGCCCAACUGGAAGGUGAGCGCCGAACAGGGCCCCAACAUCAUCACGGCCAUCUCGCAGAUGCAGGGGCUGUGGAUGGACUGCACCUGGUGGAGCACGGGGGUGUUCAGCUGCACGCUCAAGUACUCCGUGCUGGCGCUGCCCGCCUACCUGCAGACGGCCAGGACCACCAUGGUGCUCUCCUGCAUGAUGGCUACCCUGGGGCUCUGUCUGGCCGCCCUGGGGCUGAAGUGCACCCGCUGGGGGGGCAGCCACCGCGCCAAGGGACACACGGCCAUCGCGGCGGGCGCGUGCUUCGUGGUGUCCGGGGUGCUGUGUCUGGUGCCCGCUUCGUGGUUCACCAAUGAGGUGAUCACCAACUUCCUGGACGCCCGAGUGCCGGAGAGCAGCAAGUUUGAGCCAGGGGGCGCAGUCUACGUUGCCUUUGUGUCGGCCGGGUUCUUCCUGGCGUCUGGCGUGAUUUUCUGUCUGUCCUGCCCAGGGAAGCGCCAGGGGCCCCUGGACUCCGGCUCCUCCCACCCCAGCAAGGCACUCUCGAAGCCGCCGCCGCCGCAGCAGCCGGAGCAGCAGCCGCCUCAUUGUGAGCAGGUGAGCCGCGAGCAGCAGACGCAGUCGCCCGACCAGCACCCUCAGCCCCCGCCCCUGCCGCAGCCCAGCCGGGAGAAAGCCAACCCGGAGAAGCUGCUCCACGCCGACGAGCCGCCCCCGUCGCCUCACCGGCCGCUGGACAAGCUGCACCAGGACAAGCUCGCCCAGGAUCAGGAGCAGGCGUACUACUCGCCGUCCCGCUCCCGACCCCCACCCCCCGACAUCAAGAAGGGCUACAGCCUACAGGACUACGUGUAAUAGGCUCUCUCCACUGGCGGGAGCCCCGGACUGAAAAAAAAGGAGGCGGAGAAAAAUAAUGGAAGUGAGGGAAAGAAAGAAAGAAAGAAAAAUAGAUGGGUAAGGUACAUUGUGUUUGGCUUGAUAUUUCUCUUUGUAAGAGGAGAAAGAGAGGAAAAGGGGGGAUAGAGAGAGCUAGAGGCAGAGGUGGUGGAGGAGGUGGAGGUGUUGGUGGAGGAGGGUAAUGACUUUGACGGCGUUAUCUCCCUCACUCAUCUGUUCUUUCUGCACAGCAAGCAGUGAGGAAUGGAGCUGCUCCCAUUAUCUAACAGCAGACAGAUUGUGGAUCCUGUGCUCACAGAGUGAAUAAAAGGUUUGCAGCUGUGGGCUUUGGACAAAGGGACAAAUCAGGUAGUGACGAUGACGAAAAUGCACAAACGCAGCAUGAAUUCUGCUUUAUUUGACAAAAAAUAAGAUUGAAAUAAUAAAACAAAAAAACUGAACACUUUACCUCACCAAAGCUUUACAUCAGCUAGACGUGAAGAAGAAGCCGCGCACAAUUUCUUCAUCGCCAUUGUUUUGACUAGGGAGAGGAACACUUGACAGCAUAUGCAAUAAUACUUUUUUGCCAGGACAUGAUUACUAGUUAUUUCUGCGCUUGGCUUAAAGGCUUGUGGAAUGAUUAUUAUUCAGCCAGCGCAUGCUGUCUGUCUGCAACUUGCCUGGUAGAUAAUAAUGGCACGUUUACAGCUAAAUGUAAGGCUCAUUGCAGAGAAUGUGCUUCAGACAAUGUUUUGCUUAGUGUAGAGUAACGUUAAGAAAGGCUAGACAAAUACUCUCAAAAAAGAUGUUUAUGUUUGUGGGUGAAGAAAACGUGAGUGAGUGUGUGUGUGUGUGUGUGUGUGUGUGUGUGUGUGUGUGUGCGUGUGUGUGUGUGUGUGUG